ACUUUUAUCGGUAACAGCACUGCCAUCCAAGAGUUGUUCAAGAGAAUCUCUGAGCAGUUCAGCGCUAUGUUCCGUCGCAAGGCUUUCUUGCAUUGGUAUACUGGUGAAGGCAUGGACGAGAUGGAAUUCUCAGAAGCUGAAAGCAACAUGAAUGAUCUUGUGUCCGAAUACCAACAAUAUCAAGACGCUACUGUUGAAGAGGAAGGUGAAUUUGAGGAAGAGGAAGAAGAGGAGGAAGCUGCCUAAAUUUCGCAUUUUCCUUAAAAAUUGCAACCUCAACUUUUCUUUUAUGUUUAUUUAAAUUAUUUAUAUGAAGUCAUUAAAUGCAGAUGUCAAAGAAUUUCUUGCUAAAUAGGCAUUCUGCAGAUAAUCCUAAAUAAUGUUACAGUACUUCCUCUAUAAGUCUAAAUGCAAUUAUUCAUAAAUCUUGUAAACAGGGUGGCAUGUAACCAUAUUUGA